AUGCCGUCACCAGACGAAGCCGUGUCCGACGGCUACUUCAAUGACCUGAGCCAGCAACUGCCCGACCAGCCCAACCAAGCCCAACAACCCAAAUCCAAGCGUGUAGCAUGCGUGCUGUGUCGCAAACGCAAGCUCCGAUGCGACGGAGCGAAACCCUCCUGCGCGACAUGUACACGCCUCUCCCACAACUGCGCCUACGAUGAGGUGCGCAAGAAGUCGGGUCCCAAAAGGGGCUACGUCAAAGAGCUCGAGGCCCGUCUGGCCCAAGUCGAAACACUGCUCCACAACCAUGCUGGCGUCGAGAUGCCUCUGAAUGCCGUCGACGAGACUAUAAUGACCGGAGACGACCUGCCUGACUUUGGCGGUAUCGACCCCAGUCAAGGACGCCUGUUGCAGGAGAUGCAUGUAGGCCAAUCGCCGCCUCCAACCACCAACUCGAUGCCCAACACACGUCUGCACUCGAUGGAUGCAUCAUACGAUACCGAGCAACCCGCCUUCUGGCAGGGUGACAUCAAAUCCCCCUCUUGGGUGCCAAACUUCUCGCUGCUUGCGACCGGCAUGGACGAACCUCUGCCUCCUCCAGAAGUCUGUGCCGAGCUGACCGCCUUCUACUUUGAGCGUGUUCACCCCUCGGCUCCCAUCUUACAUCGACCUCGCUUCCUCAUGGCCAUGCAACACACGUCGCCGGCUCUCCGCCCCCGUCUGUCUCUUCAGUAUGCUGUCUGGACCCUGGGUGCCAGCUCUCACCCAAAGUACGAAGACAUGGUUGAUACCUUGUAUCGCCGUGCUCGUCACUAUCUCGAGCGUGAUGAGAUGUCUGGCGUCGGCGAGAAGAUGAUCAACAUAGCCACAGUUCAGGCUUGGCAAUGUAUAGCAGCUUUCGAGUUCAAGAUGAUGUACUUCCCCCGAGCAUGGCUCAGUACUGGAAGGACCGCCCGCUUGGCCCUCAUGAUGGGUCUGCACCGCGUUGACGGCCCCAACAUCGACGUCAAACAAUGCUUGCCUCCACCAAAGGACUGGAUCGAAAAGGAGGAGCGCAGGCGUUUGUUCUGGAUGACCUUUGCCGGCGAUCGAUAUGCAAGCAUUGGUACUGGUUGGCCCAUGACCAUUGACGAAACCGACAUUUACACAGAUCUACCUGCCUCAGACGAGGCCUAUGACUCUGGCACACCCGAGCCUAGUGUAUCCCUGAAGGAAGCUCUUACGCCGGGCGGUGCUGAAGGUCUGUCAUCCUUGGGAUCGGUCGGCGUCAUCUCUGCUCUAUUCGGUCGUAACUUGUUGCAUCUGCACCGAAAUACUGACGACCAGAAUGACGGCGAUAUCAAUGGCAUCUUCUGGAAGCGUCAUAGACAGAUGGAUGGCAUAAUCCUCUCUCUGUUACUCGGACUUCCCGAGUCACUACGACUGCCAUUGUCCGUUUCUGAUCCCAAGGUCGUCUUCAUGAACAUGUGCGUCCACACUUCCGUAAUAUGCCUUCACCAAGCUGCUAUCUUCAAGGUAGAGAAGCACCAAUUGCCAGCCAAACUUGCAACAGAAUCCAAGAUGCGCUGCUUGACGGCAGCUGCUGAGAUCUCAAGCUUGAUGAAGAUGUCUAGCCACAUUGACAUGGCUCAAGCUAACCCGUUCAUGGCUUUCUCUCUGUACGUCGCUGCCAGAGUCUUUGUGCAGUAUCUCAAGUCACGACCUCGUGACGACACAGCUCGCGGCUCAUUGCACUUCCUUCUAUCCGCCCUUCAAGCCAUGAAGAAGACCAAUCCUCUCGCCGAAUCCUUCAUCGCACAACUAGAUGUCGAUCUUGAAGUAGCCGGCCUUGAUGAAUUACGC